GGUGUUGAAGGACGUCGAAAAUGGAAUACUAGGGUAUCGAAAGGUACCGUGAUCUGUGGUAUCGUGUUCUUAUUGCAGGUUUAGCAAAAUGCGGAUCCUUCUCUGGGCAAAUAGGAACAUAGUUCCGUGUUUGAAGCGGAAGGUAGGCCCCGUCAAUGGCUUAUUCAAAUCACAUGUACCGGCGGCGAGUCUUGUUUCCAUCACCGACCCAGAAUAUGCCAGUCGGCCUCCGCGAAUGACACCACAUCCAUAUGAAAGCAAACCAAUCAGGUUCCCUCAGGUUUUCACAAAUAAAACAGUCAACAGAUUAGAUGAAAACUCCAAGCUGAUAGUUGUAGAAGGAAAUAUUGGAAUUGAGAAAGAAGAGUUUGGAAGAACAAUCGCUAAAGAGUUCGGUAUGAAAUUCAUUCCCGAAUACAAAGAAGAAGAAUAUUUCUUUACUGAUCGAGGGUUUGACAUCAGAGAAACAAAUGAGCAAGUCACAGAUAAGAUAAAAUACUGGGACAUGGAAAUGUUGUAUUCGAGCAAGAAUCCCAAGGAUGCUCACCAUUUCCUUAGAACCCAACUAGAACUGUACAAGGGAAAAUUUGAAAGAUACCGAGAAGCAGUGAGCCAUAUAUGGAAUACAGGUCAGGGAGUCGUUAUGAUCAGAAGUGUUUUCAGUGACCUGGUCUUUGCCAAAGCAUUGAGGAAGAGUGGAGUGCUGACUCCCAAAGGUUUCCAGCAUUAUCUACGUGUCUACUACAACACACAGGUGGAGCUCAUCAGUCCACAUAUGUUUGUUUACCUUGAUGCUCCUACAUCAUACUGCAUGGAACAGAUCAAGAAGAGAGGAAGACCCUGGGAAGUGAACAGCACAAUUCUGACAGAAAAGUUUCUCCGUGAUGUAGAGGACACCUACCAAGCUGAUGUCUUUCCUCAGUUUAGGGAACUGUCUGAGAUGAAAACCUAUGACAUGACAAGUCCACUGAACUAUGAGUUGAUCAUUGAAGAUCUGAAUGAGACCAGUUUGGAUGGGCCAAAAGUGAAUGAAGACACCAAGUUUAUGGAAUGGGAACCACCAGCAGGUGUUGAUAUGAGUGUCCUCCGCUACGAGUAUGGAAAGAAUUAUCAGUGGUUCUGGGACAAGAUGUUUGAGGAAAUUGUUACUCCUACAGAUAUAUCAGAACUCAAUUAUGAUGCAGACGAAAUUGUAGAAGUAGAAACCAUAAUUAACGAGCAUGCAGGACAUAAAUAUGAACACUACUACGACCCAAAAACCCAGAAGUACUAAGGUCGUUUUGUCUUAGAAAGGGAAAAUGAAACCACUGGAGGAGAAAGAGUAAUCUUUAUCAUUACAGGAAGUGUUUAUAGAAUAAAUACUAAAGUUACAUCUUGCUGAAACAGAUUAACUUUGACAGCCAUUUGGAGUAAACUUAUCAUAGUGGUGUGAAUGGAUGUAUAUAUGAAAGAAUUAUUUUGUGGAAUUUGAAAUAGAAUUGGUUUGUAAUAAAUCUGUUAUGGAUUGAUA